AUGAGUCUUCAUUGUUUUACCCCUAGUGUCGUGAAGCUGGCCAUACCUCAAAAGGCUGCCCCAAAUCUAUUUAGUGGAUUGACGAAAGAUGGAAAGCUGUGUGAGAAAUCUGUUCCGCAAGCUGUGACAUGCGAUGAAAAGGAACUGUUUAAGGGCAUCGUCUGUGGGGAAUGUUUUAAAAAUUUUGAUAAAGUCGUCCUCCAGGUUACAGGAAAAGAUGUACCUCAAUACAUAACAUCAUUCGAAGAAGCCGGCCUGCGACAACUACUACUUCAAAAUAUGAAGGAUUCUGGCUACAUAAAACCAACACCUGUUCAGAAAGUUUCAGUUGCAGUUGUUCUUGCCAAAAGAGAUUUAAUUGCUUGUGCUGUCAUGGGCUCCGGCAAAACGGCGGGGUACUUGGUACCGGUUAUGAACAUAUUGUUAGAACAAGGUGUUGCUGGUGAGUCUCAUGCCAUGGGGCAAAUGCCAGAACUUGUAACUGUCGCACCCACUCGUGAAUUGGCCAUUCAAAUUCACCGCGAGGCGUGUAAAUUCUCCUACAAUUCGGUUUUAAAGUCUGUGAUUAUAUAUGGAGGAACUGUCACGAGCCAUCAGCGGUCAAAUCUUCAACUAGGUUCAGUGUUCUUGUCACGACCGCGGAGCGACUCAAGGAUUUUCUCGACCGUGGAGUAUUUGUCUUCUCGGGGGUCAGGUUUUAAAUUUUGGACGAAGCUGAUCGAAUGCUUGAUAUGGAUUUCGGCCCCAAUGUUGAAAAAAUUGUCAACCAUCCAAGGAUGCACCCGAAAGGAAUCCGUCGUGUUUGUAUGUGUUCGACUACAUUCCCAGAUGAAAUAGAAGCGCUGGCUGCGACGUACAUGGAAGACUACAUAUUCGUCACAACAGGCAUUGUCGGUGGCACCCAUCCGGAUGUUGAACAGCUGUUUUUUUUUCAGUGCUCGGAAAGAGAUAAGAGAGCUAAGCUGAUCGAAGUUUUACAAGAUCUCGGUGAUGCCAAGACUAUCGUUUGUGUCGGCAGCAAAAAGACGGCGGAUUUCGUCGCUGCAUUUUUCUUCAAUACCAACUUACAAGUAAGAAUUAAACCUGUUGUAAUCGACAGACGAUUGCACCGAUCCUUAUUGAAUAUACAGAAAAUUUAGAUUACAUGCCUAGUAUGAAAGAGAUCAAGUAUGUUACCAAAAUUGGCUAUCUCAAUUCGCAACUUCCGAACUCAUCCUCAGUCUGUCAUUCUGAUGCAGGGGGUCCUGAAAGAAGUUGGAACGUUUUGACCCGUCUCAGCCAAUAAGUAUUAGAAAAUGGUAGUCGCUUAAUGAUUAGUUUCUUGGCUGCCCGUCAACUUACCAUCCAAGCAAGCACUGUUUGUCAAACCAUUAGCCGAAUACAAUUAAUACCAGUAGUUCACCAAAACAAGAGGUAAAGA